AUGCCGGAGAUCGACCAGGCGGCGGAUGAGAACACCGCCCUGUUCGGAAAGUACGAGCUCGGGCGAGUCCUCGGGUGCGGCGCCUUCGCGAAGGUGCAUUACGCGCGGAACGUGCAGACGGGGCAGAGCGUGGCCGUGAAAAUCAUCAACAAGAAGAAGCUCAAUGGAUCGGGACUCGCCGGAAACGUGAAGCGCGAAAUCUCGAUCAUGAGCAGGCUCCAUCAUCCUAACAUCGUGCGUCUCCACGAGGUUCUCGCCACCAAAACCAAAAUCUACUUCGUCAUGGACAUCAUCCGCGGCGGAGAGCUCUUCGGCAAGAUCUCGAAGGGUCGCUUCUCGGAGGAUCUCAGCCGGAAGUACUUUCACCAGCUGAUCUCUGCCGUCGGCUACUGCCACUCGCGCGGUGUCUUCCACCGCGACCUCAAGCCGGAGAAUCUCCUCCUUGAUGAGAACGGCGAUUUGCGGGUCACCGACUUCGGGUUGAGUGCUCUCAGGGAUCAGAUCCGACCGGACGGGUUACUCCACACACUUUGCGGAACCCCUGCUUACGUGGCACCCGAGAUAUUAAGCAAAAAAGGUUAUGAUGGUGCCAAAGUCGAUGUUUGGUCAUGCGGCGUCGUUUUGUUCGUCCUCGUCGCGGGUUACUUACCGUUUAACGACCCGAAUUUGAUGGUAAUGUACAAGAAGAUUUACAAGGGUGAGUUCCGGUGCCCGCGGUGGACAUCGCCGGAGCUCCGGCGAUUUUUGGGGAGGCUGUUAGACACCAACCCGGAAACGAGGAUCACGGUGGACGACAUGAUCCGUGACCCUUGGUUCAGAAAAGAGUACAAAGAGAUAAAAUUUAACGAGGAGGAUUACGCGUCCGGGUCCGGUAUCGGGAUCGGAUCGAAAGAGGAUCGGGUCAUGAAUUUGAACGCUUUUGACAUAAUUAGUUUCUCUUCGGGUUUGGAUUUGUCGGGGCUGUUCGGGGAAGCCGGCAAGGGGGACCGGUUGGUGACGCGGAAGUCGCCGGAGCUGGUGCUGGAGACGGCUGAGGAGGCGGGAGGGGCGGCGGAGAUGGAGGUGCGGUGGAAGAAGGAGUGCGGGGUGGAGUUAGAAGGACUGAAUGGGAGGUUCAGGUUUGAGGUGGAGGUUCACCGGCUAUCAGCGGACCUCACGGUGGUGGAAGUCCGGAGGAGGGGCGGAGACGCCGUUGCGUUCAGAAGUGUGUGGGAGGAGAGGUUGAAGCCUUUGUUGCUCGGAGGUGCAACGACGUCGUCUGACAGCAAAGUGGCACAAGAACAAACUUAG